GCGCAGUGGGAGGAGGACUAUCCCGUGCCAGGACUUGUGGCGGCGGCUGCAGCGGCACCUUGGACCAGAGGAAGUGUUUUGGGGGGCUGAGCAACAGCAGCAACAGGAGAAGGAAAAGUAACAGCAGCAGCAGUUCAGGCCAGGAAGAACUUCCAGAUUAACAUCAUUGGGAAACCAGAGAAAAACGCGAGGAGAGAGAACCGAGUUCAUCUGGGACAAAGUGAGCCAAAAAAACCGCGCUGGUAGUGAUCAGACUUGAGAGCGCAUUCCAGCAGAGGAAAAUGAGCCCAGUGUGUUGUGAGCCUGUGUGAAGGCUCUUUGACUCAGAACAGGACUACACUCCACUCCCUCCUGCAGCAGCAGCAGCAGCUAAGGCAGCAGCUCGGACUCUCAAAGGGAAUAACAGAGAAGAAGAAGAGAAGAGAAGAGAAAAAUCUCAGGAGUUACUCACAUCUUGGAAAAGGAAGUCCCAAAACGUGGAGAUGGAGGAAGGUUAUGAGCUAGACCUCACAUAUAUCACGGAACGUAUCAUUGCCGUGUCCUUCCCCCAAGGGUGCACAGAGGAGAUCUACUCACACAACCUGAAGGAUGUCACGCGAAUGCUCAAGUCCAAGCAUGCCGAUAAUUACCUGAUUAUCAACCUCUCAGAGAGAAGACAUGAUCUCUCGAAAAUGAACCCUAAGACCCUGGAUACGGGUUGGCCUGACCUGCAUGCUCCACCUCUGGAUAAGAUCUGCACCAUUUGUAAGGCCAUGGAGAGCUGGCUCAACGCUGACCCUUUACACGUGGUGGUUAUACACUGCAGGGGCGGCAAGGGUCGAAUCGGCGUCGUGAUUUCAUCCUUUGUACAUUUUACUGACGUCUCAGCCAGUGCUGAUCAGGCGUUGGACCGCUUCGCCAUGAGGAAAUACUACGAUGAUAAGGUCUCAGCUCUGAUGACACCCUCGCAGAAACGGUAUGUUUGGAUCCUGAACAGUCUCCUAAGUGGAUCAAUGAAGAUCAACGCCUCGCCUCUCUUCCUCCACUGUCUCAUCCUCCAUGGGAUCCCAAACUUCGAAGGCACAGGAGUGUGUCGGCCAUACAUCAGGGUCUACCAGGGAAUGCAGGCAGUGUAUUCAUCUGGAAUCUAUCAUAUUGGUCCAGGCCACAGAGACCGCGUGUGCAUCACACUGGAGCCGGCCCAGCUCCUCAAAGGGGACAUCAUGAUUAAAUGCUAUCACAAAAGCGACAUCACUCCGGAGCGUGACGUUAUUUUCCGGCUACAGUUCCACACGGGAGCAGUGCAGGGCUAUAACCUGAUGUUUGAAAAAGAGGACAUGGAGACUGCCAGCAAAGAUCCCCGAUUUCCAGAUUUUGGUAAAGUGGAACUGGUGUUCUCCGAGGGACCAGAGAGAAUCCCAGGAGCAGACAGAUGGCAGAAUGGCGCAGAUGUCACUGUGGACUACAACACAGCAGAUCCUCUAACUCGCUGGGACUCCUAUCAGAAUAUCUGCGACGGUGAAGCACCGCGCUCUCAAGGCCUAACCCAGGACAAAGCAACUAACAAGAGGAGCCCCAGCAGAGGAGAGGCAACACUGGCCCGCGGGGCCCGCUCAACCUCCACCACCUCCAGCCCUGACCACAGCGACCACGCCCUCUCGGUCAGCAGUGACUCGGGCCUGUCCAGCACUUCCUUGUGGGCAGACAGACCCACACCUGUCACCACAGCUACUACCAUCAAGGCUAACCAAGGCCCCAGUGAGCAGGAGAAGGUCCAGUUGAAGCGCCUUCUAAGUGGCUUUGGUCUUGAGGAGCCCUCACUGGAGGAGAUGAAUGAGCAAGGCCCUAGGGUGGGCAUCCAACAGAUAAUCCCCGCCCAAGUGCACAUCAACGGAGACCCCCGUCCUGGAGAGAGGGAAACGGACAUCCUGGAUGAUGAGGUUAUAACAGGUCAUGAUCUACACAGUGUGGAUAGCUUGGGGACCUUAUCAUCGUCCUGCCACAAGAGCAGCCAGAACUCCCUGCUGUCAGAUGGCUUUGGAUGUCCUGGAGGAGAGGAGCAGCAGCAAAGCCAAAGCCAGCAUCACCUCCACCAUCCUGCUCCCCCUCCCAUGGAGGAAUAUGACAGAGGAUAUGCUGAGGCUGGUAGGGGCUGUCUGAGCUCCCGAAGCAACUCUGUGGCCUCCUCCAAUCCCAGUAGUGUCCCCAUGCCCAAGCAGCAUGUCUACAGACAGGGAAGCUAUUCCACACAGUCCUGGGUUCGCCAGCAGCAGAUGGUUGCUGCACAACAGUUUAUCUACAUGCCAGAUGAAGGAACCAAUACGGAAAGAUACCCGAGAAACACGCAGGAGAGCAGUUCUUCGAAAGCGAUCCUGCCCACUGAACUGCAGAGCUCUACCAGAGACACAGCAGUAGAUUCUUUGAGAGACAUGGCAACGCAUAAGGAAGAGACAACGAAAAACAACAACAACAACAACAACAAUCAGGAUGACGAGUUCAAAUCUUUAACCAAGGACAUCGACAACUCCAUUGAUCAGCUUAACCAGCUGAUCAUGGACCUGGAUCCCACAUUCGUGCCGGUAUCGAGCCGCAGCAGCUCCGUUAAGAGGAACGGCAGCGCAUGUGUCAACGGCUCAGUCGGCAAAUGCUCAAACGGCAUCGGCGACACUAAUGCAGCAACCCUGACAAACACACAGCAGACAGGUGUUCAGUCCAGUGAGGUGCAAGCGGGUGUCACGCGGAGUUUGAGUCGCCAAGGAAGUGACGUCACGGAUCAGUCGGGCUUCUGUAGUUCAGGGUGGCGUGGGACAGAGGACUACAGGGGCCAGAGGACAUAUUCACCCUGUUUGCCACAGUCCCAGACUCGUGUGUUGUACAGGAGUGACAGUGCUGACGUCAGGGCCCAGGGCCCAGAUAUGGACAACAGAGUCGAUGCCGGAAGUGCCAUGGCUCCACCCACUCCUGCCUUCCCCAUCUCUCCACCUACACCAUAUGUGAAAAAUAUGUCAGAAUUCAAUCUCCUCAGACAAACGCCGUCUCCUAGCCUGCAGUCGUAUGGAGGCUACAGACAAGACCAUGAACCCCGGGAAUAUUCAGAGAUGAUUGGCCAUGUUGGAGUUGAAAGUUUGCCAGACUCCUCCAUCAGCUGCCACAGAAUGCUAAAUACAACCCACUCUGCCUCUAUGGUUGGGACCCUUCAACAGACAGACAGCUCAUGCAUUAACCAGUCCUGGCCCGAGCAUCCUGUCCUGACCCGCCACUCCUCCCUAAGCAGCUACAACUCAUCCAGACAACCAGUGCAGCACUCCAUGUCACUUGACUACGGCCACCAUUCCCCUCCACUGCACCAUCCCCUCAUUCACCCUGUGCCCAACGCCCACAGCUCUCCCCGAAGCAGUCAGCGAAGCCGCAUGGCUCGCUACCCUCUCACCCACAAUCAAGGUCAAAGCUUCGAAGAGCAGGAUGACUCUGGUGUCGGGUACGGCACGGACUGCCCAAACUCCGGCUUGCCUUUGCUGGGAAACGGAGGCAUGGACAGGGAUAUUUUGACAUCCCUGGAUGGGCAGAAUCAGUCACAGAUAUCCCAGAUGCUGCCCCCACUUCUGCCUGAAAAGAAGAGGACGUCAGAUGGGGAGCAUUCGUUGGGCACGGCCUCUCCGGCCCUCAGUGGGUUCUCAAGUCCCCACAGUGGGAGCUCUGUCAGUAUUCCUUUCCCUAAUGUUUUGCCUGACCUGUCAUCUCAGACCCCGCGCACAGCCUCGCCACUGCCAGAUGUACUAGCCAACAAGCAGUUGACUGUAAAAUUUGUCCAGGACACUUCAAAAUUCUGGUAUAAGCCAGACAUCUCAAGGGAUCAAGCCAUUUUAGUCUUGAAGGACAAGGAGCCUGGCUGCUUCAUCGUGAGGGACAGCCACUCCUUCAGAGGAGCCUAUGGAUUGGCAAUGAAAGUGGCCACACCCCCACCCUCUGUUCUCCAACAGUCUAAGAAAGGGGGUGAUAUGUCCAAUGAGCUAGUACGCCACUUUCUGAUUGAGUGUACGCAGAAGGGAGUUCGAUUGAAGGGGUGCCCCAAUGAGCCCUAUUUUGGAAGUUUAACUGCAUUGGUCUGCCAACACUCUAUCACUCCCCUGGCGUUGCCCUGCAAACUCAUUAUACCUGACAGAGAUCCCCUUGAAGAUGUUGUGGAAAAUAAUUCACAAACGGUCAUGAACUCUGCCGCUGAGCUGCUGAAACAGGGCGCAGCCUGUAACGUGUGGUUCUUGGGAUCAGUGGAGAUGGAGUCCCUGACAGGCGUCCAGGCCGUGCAGAAGGCCACGAGUAUGACACUGAGCUCCAACCCUCCACCAACGUCCACUGUGGUCCAUUUCAAAGUUUCCUCCCAGGGAAUCACCCUCACUGACAACCAGAGGAAGCUCUUCUUCAGGAGGCAUUACAAUGUCAAUACGGUCAUAUUCUGUGCGUUGGACCCUCAAGACAGAAAGUGGAAGAAAGAUGGCUGCCCCUCUGCAAAGAUCUUUGGCUUCGUGGCGAGGAAGAGCGGCACUUCCAUGGACAACAUUUGUCACCUGUUUGCCGAGCACGAUCCCGAGCAGCCCGCAAGCGCCAUCGUCAACUUUGUCUCUAAGGUGAUGAUCAGUUCACACAAGAUUAAGUAGAGAGUCGGCGGAUCGCAGGCUGAGAGCACGAACAACAAAUAAAUGCUGAGCAAAGACUGAACAAGGGACACGAUGUUUGGACCGAAGAUGAUGACGUGAACAUUAACCCUGGAUGAUAACUGGAUAUUAUACUUACACUGUUAUCACUUACCAGCAUUAUGGCAUUAUCCUUUUAAGGUAAAAAAAUCUAAAUGAACUGUAAAUUAGCCAAAUAAGUUAGAUAACGUCAAAAUCACAUGAAAUACAGUAUGUUAUAAUUUUCUACUGAUCUGAUGAACUGUAACGUCUCAUACAGCAAGAUAUACUUUUCAUUUCCAUCAUAUUUUAAGUACAUACGUAAAAGCUGCUUUUCUUAGUCAUGUAUAUAAUUUUUUUUUGUAUGGACAAAUCAAGAAAAUCCUUUGUUUGCAUGUUACUGUUUUUCUUACCCAAAAAAAAACUUCAUUUAAGCUAUUUACAUUCUGUAAAGUUGUAGUCAUUAAAUCUCAUUUGUAUAGCAUGCAACAUUUAGUCUCGGGGGUUAAAAUGUGCAGAGGAAGUAUAUCAAAAUGUUGUGUUUGGACUUUAUAAACGUAUUUUAUCUAUGCAAUUAUUAUUUUGUUGUUGAAACCAAGGCCUUCUGUACAUGUGCAGCAUGUACAUGGCGUCUCUGAAGUUGUUGAAUUGUUUUCUUCGAUGUUUGUUUAUAUGAAAACUCAUCAAAGCUGCCAGUUUAUGUGUGUGUGUGUGUGUGUGUGUGUGUGUGCGUGCGCGUGAGUGAACCAUAGAAACAUAUUUUAUUGCUAAUAUAUAUUGACAGAAGUUGGUUUAAAUACACAGCAGUACUUUGUGUACAAGAUUCCGCUCACAUCUGCCAAAUUGUAUUAAAAAAAAUAACGUGUACUAAAGUAACUCAGUGUCAUAAAUACUGACCGUCAGUAAAAGCAAGAUGAAAGAAAGCGGCCCCGUGUUAGAGUUGCGCACAUUAAGUAUUUGACAUAUUCAGUCAGUCAUCUGUCAAUGACGUAUACAAAUGACGCUGUACUUUCUCUGCGAGAAAGACACAAACGUUUAAUGACCCAUUGAAUUUCUAUUGUAUAUGAGACGAUGACAAAAAAACGCAUUCCUUUUUAGGCAGCCAUUUUACCCAGAGGGGGACCUUUCACCACAAUAAAGCUCUGUUUAUAUUCA